CGCAACUCGCCGGCGGUGGCGGCGGCGGCGGCGAGCGCGUCGGGCUCGUCCCGCUCCGGCACGCCGGCGGCGACGACGUACGGCAUCAACGACUUCAUACGCAUGAUACCGCCCUUCAUGCGCCGCCACGGCGGCCAGGCGGCCUCAAAGGCCCUGGUGGACCACUUCAACCAGUGGUGCGUCACGGGCCAGCAGUCGAGCGACUUCAAGGAGGCCCUGCGCCGCGUCGCCGUGCUGGACAAGCAGGGGUCCACCAUGCGCGGCAUCUGGAAGCUCAAGCCCGAGUUCAGGAACAGCCAGCCGCGCUUCGCCUGAUUUUGCGUGGCCUUCUGUGUGGCUGGCUUUCUCAACCAUUCUACCAACGAGUUGUAUAUGUUUUAAUCAGCCCCGAGUGUGGCCUAGGUGGUUCCGCUUUGCCCCAUUCCUUUUUAGCGGGUGUCGAUAGGGGGGUUCCCGCCUACUGUAUAAAUAUGUUGCACAAUAAAAGGGACCUGGCACAAGGGAAGGGGUCAGGGGAAGACAUCCAGCCCCGCAUAUCCUUCUACUCCAGGACAAAAUUGAUCAGGAAAGCUCUGUCGUCAGAUUCAUCUGGUGAAAUUUUCUGUCUAGAAUUUUUUUCAUGCCCCCGCAGCCGUGCCAAAAGCAUCAUGCGACCAUACCCGUGAAAUGGAGACCAGGCAAAUAGCAAGCCGUUCCCCUCGUAAUAGUCAA